AAAAACGGGAGGAAUUGGAUGUGGGAGGACAGAAUCAGGACCAGUCAACCAGGGCCACGAAACGAGCCUCGACUCGGCCUUUCCCGCGCAACCUCCCUCCUCCCCCGCCCCGAAGACAAACCCCCCCCCUUGCGACUCCUCUCGGGCAGGAUAAAAGAGACGACGGGCCUGCGAAACCGCUCCGGCUCCCGCGCUGCCCGGCUUUCUUUUUUCUUGCGUCUUCCUCUCCUACGUGCCAUGACAAGCUCCGAGUCGUUCAUUCUGGCAUCGCCUGUUGUUUUGCCCUCGUCGUCGUGUGCCUGUUCUCGGCAUUUCUAGCCCGUGUAACAUCAUUAAUUUUUUCCUUCCUCUUUUUUCUGUCGCCCACCUUCCGUCCCGACCACGGCGCCCGGCGUUCCCUGUGCUCCCCUGCCAGCACUCGACACCGCACCUGACGCCACACCAUCUCGCGCGCGAGCUAGGUGCACGCACCGCACCUACCGCCUUUGCAGCCCAGCACCACAGCGACUACACGCGACCCCCCAUCCGUCCCCCGUUGUGCGCGCGCGCGCGUAUAGCUGCUGCGGAGAAGUAGUCCAAGUCGCUGUUCCUGUCGGAGGGCUGUGCUGGUGGUCAGACUUUUGGAGGCUAGGUUGAGCUUGCUGUAGACGCCGUCAAGAUGCCUUCCUGCCUCGUCGAGGAUGAUUACAUCAACGGACAGGCGACGUCUCACAACAUUGCCGAGCUCGCGGAUUGUGCCAUCGCCGUCGACGCUACCUACUACCUGCAACGCAUGCUGACGAACCCGCCGAGCCGAGAACCCCUCCUGACUGCGCUGGGUGGACUCACUGGUGUGCACAAUCACAUAGACAGCGACCUGGCCCAAUGGGAGGAGCACAAGGUCACCCCGCUCUUCGUCUUUGACGGCCAGUCUAUCACAGGUCAGGAUGAGGUUUUUAUCCGGCGUGCCCGCCGCGCCAUCGAACAGUCCAACCACGCCUGGGAGUUGUAUGUGAACGGUCAGGCUCAGGAGGCUGUUGAUUCCUUUGGCAAUCACAAUGGAGCCUUCCGUCCGCAGACUCUCUAUCCGAUGCUGCAGGGCAUCCUGAAGCGCCGGGGCCUACACUUCCUGGUGCCCCCCUUCAAUGCUGCAGCCCAGAUCGCGUAUCUCGACAUGAUUGACUCGGACCAGUGCGGUGGAAUCAUGGGCCCCCAGGAGCUUCUUCUCUAUCCCAUCAAGGACAGCGUGAUCCGGGAGCUGGACUGGACCAACAAGCAAGUCAAGGCCAUCUCCAAAAAGCAAAUCAUCAAGCAGCUUGCGGUCGAAGAGAAUACGUUCGCCGACGGUCUCCUCAUGGUUGGCACGUCGUUCCUGCCCCCCUUCCCUUCGCUGCUGGACCACAGCGGCCUCUCGACGACGCGUCGGCAGCACCUUGUGGACGCUGUUAACAUCCUGCGAGCGUCUGACAAGUCGGUGGCCGCGGCCUGCCACUCGUUCAGCGACGUGCUCAAGUCUCACGAUCCCUACUGGCUCGACAAGUAUCACAAGGCCAAGAUGGCCGUGGCCCAUUUCAUAUACAUUGCUGAGGACGGUGAGGUCAAGGUCAACGAUUUUGACAAGCUGACCAAGGACAACCACGAGUACCUUGGCCUGCAGCUGCCGUCGGAGCUGUUUCACUACGUCAAUAUUGGUCUGAUUGGGCCCAGGAUUCUGAGCUGGAUCACGCAUAGCAAGAUCACGGUGCUGCCCACAAUCGACGGGCAGGUCUCGGAAGAGUACCGCAACCUGGUGACCAAGCAGCUGGUGACGGUCAAGGAGAUGACGCUGGGCCUCCUCAUCCCGCGCCUCAACCGCGGCAUCCAGUUCCGCGAGGUGGUGAUGAAGGUGUGGUUUGACGACAAGUUCUCGUACACGGUUAACUACAGCAACCUCCAGCCGUCACCCAGCCUACGUGCCGCCAGCUGGCUUGUGACGGACACGACGCUCAGGUCGCACUUCCCCAAGCCCGACUCUGGGUCCAUUGUGUUUGAGGUCUUGGCGCUCAAGAACCGUGAUUUCGUCAACGUGACGUCGACCAAGGAUAGGAUCAAGGGCGCGUCGCUCGACUCUGCCGACGUGAUCGUGUCGAUCGCCAUCUGGAGGUUCAUGCACCUGCGCGGCUACGUGACGGACACGCACGAGCUGACGCCGUGGGGUCAGGCGGUUGCUCAGGCCAUCUCGGCGGUCCAGCCCGUGGCCAAGCAGAACCCCGAGUUUGAGGGUCUUUUCGAGGGGGUCCUGAUGGCGUUCGAGAUGAUCAGGUACGGACUGCUGCACACGAAGCAGCGGGUAGAGGAGUCGCACGGGCUUCCGCUUAACGGCACCGAGGACGACAAGGGCAGUCUCCUCUUGCUCAGCCGCGUCGCGACGCUCCUCAAGCUGCGCCACCUGCCCACCGGCUACACGGGGCCUCUCAACAAGACGCUCCUAGUCUUCCAUUCGCUGGCCUCGACCGUUCGCGACGCAAACCGAGACCUUGUCGAGGCCAUCAUAGCCUCCAUGUUUAUGUUUGCGCAGGCACAACGCGAGCGGGACGACGCAUGGCAGAUUGCAAACAGGCUCCCCUUCAUCAACGACCCGGAUAUCGCCUUCGGUAUUGCCGUCAAGACGCUUCUCGACGAGGUCAUUGUCGGAGAGUCGGCCAAAGACCGACGCCAGCGCAUCGAAGAGUUCCCACCCAACUUCAUGCCACACGCUGUCCACUUCAACGAAGACCUCGAGAUCUUUUACUCCUUCUUUGAGGCUGUCGCCAGCGGCGUCAAGAGCCUCCCCGAGAAAGAGUUGUCUGGGGCGGACAAGGCAAGUUGGGAAAAGGCCGCUCAAUACCUCAAACUAAGAAGAUGAUGAGAGGUGAUUGUGGGACAGCCGCGACUGGGACUGUCAGGUCUUUGGUGCUGUGGAGAUGGGCUCUUUCUACACAGUUCAAUGCUUGUUGUGUCUGGCUGGACCCUUUGCAAACAAAAAAAUAUAUACCAUCCCCGACCUGAUGCCCGGGCUCAUCUGGCGGCCCGAUGAGGAGAGCAGAGUAACCACGAUGAAUGAUGCACAUGCAUGUUUGAUCUGAGCCAUUCGGCACCUGACAAUUAUUUGUUUCGAUUCACCGAUUUGACAAACAGUCAAGGGCAUUCAGUGUUGGGGUUGGUUUUGUUUUCCGAUGCGUUGAUAGUUGGGUUGCGAAACGGAUAACAAUAUCAGGUGUAAAAUUUGGUACAUGGACGGGGCAGGCACGAGAGAUGGCGUUCGCAGCACGCCGGUAUACCAACCAAGAAUGCUGCCUCGACCUGAUGCUCCUCAUGAUGAGAAAUGUAGCCGUCUUGUGUCUGUUUAUGUACUACAGUUGACUGGCUACUUUGCAAUAAUCAACUCCGUUUACGCAAUGUCUCAUCUUCUCGAUGCACCAACCGGCGCGCGUGGGUAUAAAGAAGUGCAUAUAUAUAUUCAUGGUCAUAACUAAACAAAUAAACAAACCGACAAUGCUCGCAUCAUCGCCA